GCACGUUGUCAUUUGGCCUGUUCAAGGUCGUGGUGAAGAAGCGCGGUCGUGUUCGGAAGUCGGUUGCAAGUUCAUUUAAUCCGUCCCCUACAUUUUGGUUAGGUAACCAGUAAUUAUGGUCCUGCACUUUAAGUGUGAACUUGUUCAACCUCCGUACUUUAUUUACAUGGGAGAAGAUAAGCAUGAAAAUGAUGAACUUAUUCGUUGGGGAUGGCCAGAAGAUGUUUGGUUUCAUGUAGAUGCUCUAUCAUCUGCUCAUGUUUACCUUCGGCUUAAAGAGGGGGAAACCUUAGAUGAUGUCCCCACUGCCGUUAUACAGGACUGUGCACAACUGGUCAAGGAAAACAGUAUCCAAGGUUGCAAACUUAACGAUGUCACUGUUGUAUAUACCAAGUGGGAGAACCUGAAAAAAACCAAUGAUAUGGAUGUUGGCCAAGUAGCCUUUCACAAUAAUAAAGCAGUGCAAAAGAUCGUAGUUGAAAAACGCAAUGGAGAUGUAAUAAAACGACUAAAUAAAACAAAAGAGCAAUGCCAACAUCCUGAUUUAAGAGGUGAACGAGAAAAGCGAGAUAUCCGCAUUAAAAACAAAGAAAAAGCUGUUCUGGCUGCUAAGAAAAAGUCAGAACUUGAGGCACAGAAAGUCCGUGCAGCAGAAGCAGAAAAAAGAUCAUACGAUCGUUUGUUUGUUGAGAGUAAAAUGAGGACAAAUGAAGAUGGCUAUGAUUCAGAUGACUUCAUGUAAAAAAUAAAUAUGAAUACCUUCCUACUUCUAACAGUGUCUCAUCUCUUAACUUUAUUUUCUACUUAUCGGUUACUUUUUCUGAAUUGUCGAUCAUGUAAUAAAAACCCUUUUGGUUUACUUGUAUAUUAUAUAAUGUGAAUUUUCUUCCAUGCUUGGUGAAACUAAGUUUCGGGUGCUAAACGAUAUAAUUGUGAUCAUGAACCGAUCAGUGCUAGACCACGAUUGAAAACCUGAAAGCACUUCUGAUGAGUCUCUUACUAGGACGAAACGGUAGUCCAGUGCUUCCAAGUUUUCAUUGGUGGUCUAACUUUGAUCGGUUCAUGAUCUCAAUUAAAACUCAACCAUCUCCACAACUCUAUACUAAUAAACAAUAUAUUUUAAUGGUUUGAACAUCCACGCGCUAUUUUUCAAAGGCUUGGUUUGAAGCAUGGAAUAUUUUGUUUUCGUACUCAAAAUAGCAUUUCGCAGAAGGCAAUUUUUGGUCAGUCAUGGACAAUAUAAAACCUAGCAAAAAUGUUUAUAAGUCUGAUUAACAAUAUGUUCAGUUUCGGAA